CGCUUUGAUCGCAUGCCAGUGUGUCCGGAAACGAGCAGUGAAACGAGCCACCCGACGGUACGAUGAGCGGCUAUCAGCAACAAGGAAAAUCGCGCCAUUAUCCGAGAUACUCGCUCAACAGCUCGGACAACGAGGAUAGCCCAAUCCACCGGUCAAUCUACGCCCAACCGUACAACGCCAUCGGCACCGCUGAAAGACAAUCAAAUUUCACUUAUCGUUCCGCCAAGGGCAGCACACAAGCCGCACAGGCUGCCGCGGUCAAUCCACUCAACAUCCUCACUACGCCAUCGUCGGAGAACGGUUCCAGUGCGACGCUGACGGACGCGGAAGCUUCACUCGCCCGGGAAAAUACGCUGCUCGUAAAUAACGGCUGUCUCCUGGACGGAGUUCCGCCUUCAGCUCCACCGGAUGUACCACCGCGCAAUCCAACCAUGAAUCGAAUGAAUGGACGCGUCACCGGCAAUCCUACCGAGCUGGGUGUAGACUUCGAACCAUCGUGUCUGGUCCGGACACCGUCCGGCAACGUUUACAUUCCGAGCGGAAAUCUAGCAAUUAACAACAAAGGAUCACCGAUAGACUACAAAACCGGGUCCGCCUGCUCGACACCGACAAAGGACACGCUGAAAAGCUACGAUCGCAACUGCAUGGGUCCGGUACUGCCGCCCCGCAGCACCAUGUGCGGUCCGCCGGCGCACCACUACUCGGCGCCACUCAACUUCCGCAAGGGCUUCACCUUCACCAAAUGUACAUGGAAGUGUACGGCUAUCUUAGUGAUACUAUUAAGUGUUAUACUCGUUAUAACAUUAUUAUUAACAGCAUCUAACGUAUUAAGUAUAUCAUAUCCAACCACCAACCCCUGUACAGUUCUAGUCGAUGAGAAGGCAGAAAUCUCCGCAGCCAAAAGCACGAUAGCGGACGCUAACCGGGCCGGCAUACCGGGUGGCGGUGGCGACGGUCUCGGUAUCGAUCAGUCCUCCCUAUCGCAAUCUGGUGCUUCCGGUCGGCCGAAACCUAUCGCAGCGGACGAAUCGUCCCCGUCGUCGUCCAUGGGAGCGUCCGGUACGGGUUCGGCCGGCGGGUCAUCCUCGCUGUCGGCAGCGUCUACGGCAGCUACCGGCAAGGCAGGCACCAGUGCGGCAGCAGGAACAGGUACAGUAACAGAUAAACGCAUUGUUGCACCCUUACGUGUGGUAGAUGUGUUGCACACUUUUGGUGGUGAUGGUAGUAACGGUGGUAGUAGUAGUAGUCGUAGCAGCACGGUUGUAGUUGUUAAGCGGUCCCGCCGUCAGGCUGCGGCGGGCGACAUCGACACCGGAACUGACACCGGCAGCGUUGACCGCAACGAUGGGCCCACUGACGAACGGUUUGAUGAUAACGAUUUGUUGCAUGCCUCGGUGGUUGACGUUGACGUAAACGCUUACAAUCAAGAUACUGACAAGGGCGAAGACUCAGUCCCUGAGCCGUCCAACCAAGACAACGAUGAGUUGCUGGUUCCAUCGGCUCGGCCAUUGACUAAUUUACUUACGGUGGGUAGUGCUGAUGGUGGUGAAACUGCUGUCAACAAUGGUGAUGAGCUUCGUAUAACGGGUAUGGAUGUUCCGGUGUCUGCUGAAGACAUCCUAACGCCGAAUGAUGAAAGCCCCGGUAGCAGUAGCAUCGCAUCAGGGCAAGAUAAUGGCAUUUUUAUCACUAAUGAUAAUGACUUGCCGCCUGUUACCACGCUGCCGACGAGCUCCUUGAAGAUGUCCGAGGAAAGUUAUCCCUCAACGACACCACCCACCAAAGAAGUUAGCAACGCACAGCUGACCUUCAACGAGGAUGAGAAAUGGUCCAAUGAUGACCCAUCAGCGGUGCAUGGUGGGAUUUACGCGCACGUACCGUUGGACCAGUCGGAGGUAGCGUUGGUCAGCCUGGAAGAUGGGCUGGAACUUGGCAAGGAACGUGAUAAGCACUACUACAAAACCAUCGAACAGGUGGCGAUCAAAGAAGCUGCAGCCAAACCACAGGAAGAAGACGAGGUAAGAAUUCACACACUGCCAGAAUCGGUCGUUCCGGUACCAACGUUCCAGCCAACCGUACCACUGUACCUUAUCAAUGAGGUAAAUGGCACGUCAUCGCAGGAUACAUCGAGCGAAGGUACGGAACUACCGCGCCUUCUGGUAAACAUUUCCAUUGCCACCGAUCAUGGUACGGGCACUGUGCAGCAUUCCGUGUACGUCCUGCAGGUGUCCAUACCGACACCGCCGGAAUAUAUGCCACAGCCCCCCGAAACGGACGAACCAAAGCCAGCGAACUUUGAGCAACCGUCACCGGUCGUUGUUCCUCAGUGUCCUCCGGAACCGCCGCCGGCACCACCCUGUCCAAUCAAAUGUCCGUCGGAUUCGCUGUUCGCUCGCUAUCGCGUCAUCGACGUGCAGGAGGACGAUAGCGAGUUCGUGGAGCUUGAUGAGGAGGGGGAAAACCAGGCCAGCAUGCCUGGCCUCCGGGAUGAGUAUGAACUUUACACCGAAACUCCCGAAGCACUAGCAAAGGAAGCCAACGAUGGUUUGACGCAGGAAUUCACCACAGCCGCACAGGAACUUACUGACGGUGAUGAUGAUGAUGAUGAUGAUGAUGGUGCUACUUCUUUGGCAUCCACUAUAGUGAAGACCACAUCCGCAGCACAAUGUCCCGAGGUAACACCACCGCCCAUUCUCAUCCUCGAAGGUGCACGAACAUUCCCAGCGCGAAGCUUCCCACCGGACGGUACCACCUUCUCGCAGAUUACGCUCGGCCAGCGGCUGUCGAAGGAGAUCCCACCGUACAGCUACUGGAACAUGCAGUUCUACCAGUCCGAGCCGGCGUACGUCAAGUUCGAUUACAGUAUCCCCCGAGGCGCAUCGAUAGGUGUUUACGCGCGCCGUAACGCCCUGCCGACCCACACGCAGUAUCACUUCAAAGAGGUCCUGAGCGGAUUCAAUGCGCGCCAGACACGUGCCACUCAUCCAUCGAUGCGUCGAGAGGUCACACGCUACAUGGAACCGGGCCAUUGGUUCCUGUCCAUCUACAACGAUGACGGCGAUGCACAGGAGAUUGCGUUCUACGCGGUAGUCGCCGAGGAUAUGACCCAGAACUGUCCGAAUGGAUGCUCCGGUAAUGGUCAGUGUUUGUUGGGACACUGUCAGUGUAAUCCUGGUUUCGGUGGUGAUGAUUGCAGCGAGAGUGUAUGCCCAGUGCUCUGCUCACAGCGCGGCGAAUACAUUAACGGCGAAUGUCAGUGCAAUCCGGGCUGGAAAGGCAAGGAGUGCUCUCUGCGGCACGACGAAUGUGAAGUUCCGGACUGUAAUGGACACGGGCACUGUGUCAGCGGCAAGUGUGCUUGCGUACGAGGCUACAAGGGCAAAUACUGCGAAGAAGUUGACUGCCCGCAUCCGACCUGUACCGGACAUGGAUUCUGCGCUGAAGGUACCUGCAUCUGCAAGAAAGGCUGGAAGGGACCGGACUGUGCCACCAUGGACCAGGACGCAUUACAAUGUCUGCCCGACUGUUCCGGUCAUGGUACGUUCGAUCUGGACUCACAAACCUGCACCUGCGAACCAAAGUGGAGUGGUGAGGAUUGCUCGAAGGAGCUGUGUGAUCUGAACUGUGGACAGCAUGGCCGGUGUGUUGGCGAGACUUGCAGCUGUGAUGCUGGAUGGGGCGGUGAAUACUGCAACAAUAAGCUUUGUGAUCCACGCUGUAACGAGCAUGGCCAGUGCAAGAAUGGCACGUGCCUGUGUGUUACUGGAUGGAAUGGCAAACACUGUACGCUGGAAGGAUGUCCUAAUAGCUGCUCCCAACAUGGUCAGUGUCACGUGAGCGGUGAGCUGAUGUGGGAAUGCCGCUGCUACGAAGGCUGGGACGGUGUGGACUGUUCAGUACCGCUUGAACAAAACUGUGGCGACAAUAAAGAUAACGAUCGCGAUGGUCUGGUUGACUGCGAAGAUCCCGAAUGCUGCGGUAGUCACUCGUGCAAAACGAGCCAAUUGUGCGUCUCGGCACCGAAACCGAUCGAUGUACUACUGCGCAAACAACCGCCCGCCAUUACGGCCUCAUUCUUCGAACGCAUGAAGUUCCUGAUCGAUGAGGGCAGUCUGCAGAACUACGCCAAGCUGGAAACGUUCAACGAAAGCGUUUUUUGGAAUCAUUUUAACGCAAGCCGAUCAGCAGUGAUACGCGGACGUGUCGUUACCUCACUCAAUAUGGGUCUGGUAGGUGUGCGCGUCAGUACUUCCACACCGCUGGAAGGCUUCACACUUACGCGUGAUGAUGGAUGGUUCGAUCUGAUGGUGAAUGGCGGUGGUGCCAUAACGCUCCAGUUUGGACGGUCUCCAUUCCGACCGCAGACACGCAUCGUGCAGGUGCCCUGGAACGAGGUUGUGAUCAUCGAUACGGUUGUGAUGUCUACGUCGGACGAUAAGUCGCAUCAUGGAGCACCGCACACGUGCUUCUCGCACGAUUACGAUCUCAUGAAGCCGGUCGUGUUGGCAACGUGGAAGCAUGGGUUCCAGGGUGCCUGUCCGGACCGUAGCGCUAUCCUGGCGGAGUCGCAAGUCAUCCAGGAAUCGCUCGCUAUUCCCGGAACUGGUUUAAAUCUCGUGUACCAUAGCUCUCGAGCGGCGGGUUAUCUGUCUACGAUUAAGCUGCAACUCACUCCGGACACAAUCCCGCCGACACUGAAGCUCAUCUAUCUGCGCAUUACGAUCGAGGGUAUUCUUUUCGAGCGUGUGUUUGAAGCGGAUCCGGGCAUCAAGUUUACGUACCCCUGGAAUCGGCUCAACAUCUACCGGCAGCGUGUGUACGGCAUCACGACGGCUGUGGUGAAGGUGGGCUACCAGUACACCGACUGUAAGGAUAUCGUUUGGGACGUACAGACGACGAAGCUGAGCGGCCAUGAUAUGAGCAUCUCUGAAGUGGGAGGAUGGAACUUGGACAUUCACCAUCGGUACAAUUUCCACGAAGGCAUCCUGCAGAAGGGCGAUGGUUCGAACAUCUAUCUGAAACACAAGCCGCGCGUCAUCUUGACCGCGAUGGGUGAUGGACAUCAGCGACCGUUGGAGUGUGGCGAUUGUAAUGGAAUCGCGACCAAGCAACGUUUGCUCGCCCCGGUAGCUUUGGCGGCAGCGCCUGACGGUAGCCUCUACGUAGGGGACUUUAACUACAUCCGAAGGAUCAUGAUCGACGGUACGGUUCGCACGGUGGUGAAGCUUAACGCAACGCGUGUUUCCUAUCGCUAUCAUAUGGCACUAAGCCCGCUGGAUGGGUCUCUAUACGUAUCCGACCCCGAAUCGCAUCAGAUCAUCAAGGUACGCAACAAGGAUGAUACGCACGAUCCGGAUCAUAACUGGGAACCGGUGGUGGGUAGCGGAGAACGUUGUCUUCCAGGCGAUGAGGCUCACUGUGGAGAUGGAGGAUUGGCACGUGACGCUAAGCUUGCAUAUCCGAAGGGUGUUGCGAUCUCGUCCGACAAUAUCCUGUACUUUGCUGAUGGAACAAACAUUCGCAUGGUAGAUCGCGAUGGGGUUAUUAGUACGCUGAUUGGAAAUCAUAUGCACAAGUCACACUGGAAGCCUGUGCCGUGUGAGGGUACGCUGAAGAUUGAGGAGAUGCAUCUUCGCUGGCCAACGGAACUGACCAUUAACCCACUGGAUGAUACGUUGCAUAUCAUCGACGAUCAUAUGAUUCUCCGCAUGACACCUGAUGGACGUGUGAGGGUUAUUGCCGGACGACCUAUGCAUUGUGCAACUGCUGGCGGUGGAACGGGAACCAGCAUUAGUACGGGUGUAGGCGGAAGUGUCUCAACAUCGCUCAACUACGAUACGGAUCUUGCCAUUCACGCGACACUGGUAAUGCCGCAGAGCAUCGCGUUCGCUCCGUCGGGUGAUCUGUACGUGGCUGAAAGUGACUCGCAGCGCAUCAACCGUAUUCGAGUGAUUGGAACCGAUGGAAAGAUUGCCCCGUAUGCAGGAGCUGAAUCGAAGUGUAACUGUCUCGAGCGUGGAUGUGAUUGUUACGAAGCGGAUCACUAUCUCGCUAUCAGUGCGAAGUUCAACACGAUCUCCGCCAUUACCGUAACGCCCGAUGGACAUGUACACAUCGCUGAUCAGGCAAACUAUCGCAUCCGCUCGGUUAUUUCGAGCCUACCGGAAGCUGGUACCUCCAAGGAGUACGAAAUCUACGCACCGAACGCACAGGAGAUUUAUGUGUUUAAUCGCUUUGGACAACACAUUGCCACCAAGAACAUUAUGACCGGCGAAACGGUCUAUAGCUUCCUUUACAACGUCAACACGUCCAAUGGUAAACUGAGCACGGUAACGGAUGCGGCAGGCAAUAAGGUGUUCCUGCUCCGAGAUUAUACCUCGCAGGUGAACUCGAUCGAGAACACGAAGGGCCAAAAGUGUCGGCUGAGGAUGACACGCAUGAAGAUGCUGCAUGAGCUCAACACUCCGGACAACUACAAUGUGACGUUCGAAUAUCACGGGCCUACGGGAUUGUUGAAGACGAAGCUUGAUUCUACUGGGCGCUCGUACGUGUACAACUACGAUGAGUUCGGCAGGCUAACAUCGGCCGUCACACCAACUGGCAAGGUGAUCGAUCUCACGUUUGAUCUGAGUGUGCAGGGUGCCACUGUAAAGGUCACCGAGAACUCGCAGCGUGAGGUGUCGAUGUUGAUCCAGGGAUCCUCAGUUGUCUCGAAGGUAGGAGAAGCUGCCACCAAAACGACCGUUCUGCUCGACGGAGGCACUACAAGUGUUUCACCAUGGGGAAAUGCUGUAUCCGUCGAAUCCGUUCCGUAUGUGUUGCUGGCAGAAGUUGAUCCACUGCUCGGGGAAAGCUACCCAGUGCCAUCCAAACAGCGCACAGAGAUUAAUGGUGAUCUUUCGAACCGAUUCGAAUGGCGUUACUUCAUCCGGCAUGUCCCUGUUCGGGGUAAGAAUGCUCGCACUUUGACUCAGGUCGGUAGAAAGCUACGCGUAAAUGGUGAGAAUUUGCUGACGUUCGAGUAUGAGAAGGAUACGUCGUCCAUUACGGUCUCAGUGGACGAUAAGACGGAGCUGUUGAAUGUGACGUAUGAUAAAUCUUCGCGUCCGAUCGCUUACCGUCCACAGUCCGGUGAGUACGCCGAUGUUGACCUCGAGUACGAUCGGUUUGGACGGUUAAUUUCGUGGAAAUGGGGCAACCUGAAGGAGGAGUACACGUUCGAUCGAGCUGGUAGACUGAACGAGAUCAAGUAUGGCGAUGGAAGCUCAAUCGUGUAUGCGUUUAAGGACACUUUCAGUAGUCUCCCACUGAAGGUGACAACACCGAGGCGAUCAGAUUAUCUACUCCAGUACGAUGAUGCUGGUGCGCUGCAAUCGUUGACGACACCACGUGGACACAUUCAUGCCUUCUCGCUUCAGACAUCGCUCGGAUUCUUCAAGUACCAAUACUACUCACCGAUCAAUCGCCAUCCGUUCGAGAUUUUGUACAGUGACGAGGGACAAAUUCUGGCCAAGAUACAUCCACACCAGAGUGGCAAGGUGGCAUUUGUGCAUGACAGUGCUGGACGGCUGGAGACGGUUCUCGCAGGACUUUCCUCCACACAGUACACUUACCAGGAGAGUACGAGUCUGGUGAAGCAGGUGGAGGUCCUCGAGCCUGGCUUUGAGCUGCGUCGCGAGUUCAAGUAUCACGCCGGAGUUCUGAAGGACGAGAAGCUUAAGUUCGGUUCGAAAAGUGGUCUGGCGUCGGCACACUUCAAGUAUCAGUACGAUGGUAAUGCGCGGCUCAGUGGCAUCGAGAUGGAUGUGAAUGGCAAAGAGCUCCCGAUCGUUCGCUUCAAGUACGGACCUGCUCAGGGAACGCUGGAUGCAGUAAGCGAUCUGCGUAUUACACGAAAUGCAUUCAAUCGUACAGUGGUGCAGGACACUUCCAAGCAAUUCUUCACCAUCACCGAUUUCGACGAGCAUGGCCGUGUGAAGAGUGUACUGAUCAAUAUCAAAUCGUUCGAUGUGUACCGGUUGGAGCUAGACUACGAUCUGCGUAACAGAAUCCGUACUCACAAGGUAAUGGUUGGACGCUCAACCUCGCUCGACAAGGUGAACUACAACGCGGACGGCCAUGUGAUGGAAGUCGUCGGAACGAACAGCUGGAAGUAUGUGUACGAUGAGAAUGGAAACAUUAUCGGAAUUCUGGAGCAGGGUGACAAGACUAACCUCGGCUACGACACUGGAGAUCGUGUAGUGCAGGUUGGAGAUGUAGAAUUCAACAGCUACGAUGCACGUGGAUACGUUGUCCGUCGGGGUGAGCAGAAGUAUCGCUACAACAAUCGUGGCCAGUUGAUACACGCCAUGGAGCGUGACCGGUUCCAGACCUGGUACUUCUACGAUGAUCUCGGUCGGCUUGUCGCGUGCCACGAUGAGAAGGGUAACGUGACACAGUACUUCUACGCCAAUCUGAACGCACCGGAGUUGAUCACACACAUCCACUACCCGAAAGCUGGACGUACUUCGCGACUGUUGUACGACGAUCGUCAUAUGCUAAUUGCCAUCGAAACCGGUGAUCAGAGGUACUACGUGGCGACGGAUCAGAAUGGCUCGCCAAUCGCACUGUUCGAUAUUGGUGGAGCAAUUGUGAAGGAGAUUCGUCGAACUCCGUUCGGUAAAAUCGUGAAGGAUACCAAUCCGGGAUUGUUUGUUCCAAUCGAUUUCCACGGAGGAUUGCUUGAUCCUAAUACGCGCCUAGUGUACAUGGAACAGCGGCUAUACGAUACCGGCGUUGGACAGUGGAUGACACCGGCCUGGGAACAGCUUGCCACCGAGAUGCGUCACCCAACGGAUGUGUUCAUCUAUCGCUUCCACAACAACGAUCCUAUCAACCGACGUGAGCCUGAGGGUAACUAUAUGAACGAUAUUCGCUCCUGGUUGAAGCUGUUCGGGUAUGACGUUACGAAGAUGCAAGGAUCUCGCUACACACGUGACAUGAUCUAUCGGCCAACGGCGACAAUCAAGUCUCCGCAGCUGGCACCCGACUUUGGUGUCAUGUCCGGGUUGCAGUGUAUCGUCGAGAAGGUGGACGAGAAGUUUGCCGACUUUGGAUUUAUCCCCAAGCCUCUGCUAAAGAUGGAGCUCAAGACACGCAAUCUGCUGCCGCGAGUCGCCUACCGUCGGGGUGUGUUCGGAGAAGGUGUCCUGAUCUCCCGAAUCGAUGGACGAGCGUUGGUUAGCGUCGUUGAUGGGUCGAACAGUGUCGUUCAGGAUGUGGUGUCGUCUGUGUUCAACAACUCGCACUUUUUGGAUCUUCACUUUAGCAUCCACGAUCAGGAUGUGUUCUACUUCGUGAAGGACAACGUGAUGAAACUCCGUGACGAUACGGAGGAACUCCGACGGCUUGGUGGUAUGUUUAACAUAUCCGCACAUGAAAUCAACGAUCAUGGUGGUGCGAAUGGCAAAGAGCUUCGUCUUCACGGUCCGGAUGCAGUGGUCAUCAUCAAGUAUGGUGUUGAUCCCGAACAGGAGCGUCACCGUAUUCUAAAGCACGCACACAAGCGCGCCGUCGAGCGAGCCUGGGAGCUGGAGAAGCAACUCGUUGCAGCAGGGUUCCAGGGUCGUGGUGAUUGGACCGAAGAGGAAAAGGAAGAACUCAUCUCGCACGGUGACGUCGACGGGUGGAUCGGAGUUGAUAUCCACAGCAUCCACAAGUAUCCACAGCUAGCGGACGAUCCCGGAAAUGUCGCGUUCCAGCGUGACUCGAAGCGAAAGCGUCGGAAGAGUGGUGGCACGUCGAGCGGAGGCGGCGGCGCUAGUCACAAGGCAAAGCGAGAACAUCGUCAUGAGACGAUAAUACUCCCGCUUCCGGUAGCAUCAGCUGCACCGUCCACCUCGGUUCCGACGUCUUCGAUGUCAUCCGCGACAUCCACCUCGGCGUCGGCUGCCUCUUCAACUUCGUCUUCGUCGUCAGCAGCAUCGUCGUCUCCAACUUCACCAUCGUCUUCGGUGCCAUCGUCGGUGCCAGCCGUCGCAGUAACUGCGUCGGCGGCAACGGUACGACCGAGCGCUACAACGUGAAGCAGGCACAAGGUAAGAGACGAUCGAGCGUAGUGUGGAUGAUGUACUAGAUAUUGUGAUAUACAUAGGAGUUACACUUUCCUUCCGCGCGUACCUAUUUUGCGUUCCGUCAGUGUUGUUUUUCUUCCUUCCCGAGAUAUUUUGUAA